CCUGAGCCGGCGGGUCCCCCGUGUCCGCCGCCGCCGCUGUCCCCCGCGCCCGCCACUUCCGGGGCCGCAGUCCCGGGCAUGGAGCCGCGAGCGUGAGGCGCCGCCGGCCCGGGACGCCCUGCCCAGCCCGGCCGCCGCCCCGCAACCCGGUGUGUGUCCCAUGCCUGCAGCUGGAAUGGAGGUUCCUUGGACCCUCUAGAAGGCCCCACCCUUCCGAGGUCAGUGAGCAGUUAAUGCGGAAGGUGAAGAAGUUGCGCCUGGACAAGGAGAACUCGGGAAGUUGGAGAAGUUUCUCACUGCGUUCGGAGGGGGCCGAGAGGAUGUCCAGCGGGGCCCCAGUGACCGAGCGGGCCGACACGGGCGACAUGGACGACCCGGCAGCGCGCUUCCAGGUGCAGAAGCACUCGUGGGACGGGCUCCGGAGCAUCAUCCACGGCAGCCGCAAGUACUCCGGCCUCAUCGUCAACAAGGCCCCGCACGACUUCCAGUUCGUGCAGAAGGCGGACGAGGCGGGCCCCCACUCCCACCGCCUCUACUACCUGGGGAUGCCGUACGGCAGCCGGGAGAACUCCCUCCUCUACUCCGAGAUUCCCAAGAAGGUGCGCAAGGAGGCCUUGCUGCUGCUAUCCUGGAAGCAGAUGCUGGACCAUUUCCAGGCUACGCCCCACCACGGUGUGUACUCCCGGGAGGAGGAGCUGCUGCGGGAACGCAAGCGCCUGGGCGUCUUCGGCAUCACCUCCUACGACUUCCACAGCGAGAGUGGCCUCUUCCUCUUCCAGGCCAGCAAUAGCCUUUUCCACUGCCGGGACGGGGGCAAGAACGGCUUCAUGGUGUCCCCCAUGAAGCCACUGGAGAUCAAGACCCAGUGCUCAGGGCCCCGGAUGGACCCCAAGAUCUGCCCUGCCGACCCUGCCUUCUUCUCCUUCAUCAACAACAGUGACCUGUGGGUGGCUAACAUCGAGACAGGCGAGGAGCGGCGGCUGACCUUCUGCCACAGGGGCUUGUCCAACGUCCUGGAUGACCCCAAAUCUGCUGGCGUUGCCACCUUCGUCAUCCAGGAGGAAUUUGACCGCUUCACGGGCUGCUGGUGGUGUCCCACGGCCACCUGGGAAGGGUCAGAGGGCCUCAAGACGCUGCGCAUCUUGUAUGAGGAAGUGGAUGAGUCGGAAGUGGAGGUCAUUCAUGUUCCUUCGCCAGCGCUGGAAGAAAGGAAGACGGACUCCUACCGGUACCCCAGGACAGGCAGCAAGAAUCCCAAGAUCGCCUUGAAGCUGGCCGAGUUCCAGACCGACAGUCAGGGCAAGAUCGUCUGGACCCGCGGGAGGGAGCUGGUGCAGCCCUUCAGCUCGCUCUUCCCCAGGGCUGAGUACAUCGCCAGGGCUGGGUGGACGCGGGACGGCAAGUAUGCCUGGGCCAUGUUCCUGGACCGGCCACAGCAGCGGCUCCAGCUGGUCCUGCUCCCGCCUGCCCUGUUCAUCCCUACGCCCGAGAAUGAGGAGCAGCGACUGGCCUUCGCCAGAGCCGUCCCUCAGGAUGUGCAGCCCUACGUGGUGUACGAGGAGGUCACCAACGUCUGGAUCAACGUGCACGACAUCUUCCACCCCUUCCCUCAGCCCGAGGGCACCCAGGAGCUCUGCUUCCUGCGCGCCAACGAGUGCAAGACCGGCUUCUGCCACUUGUACAAAGUCACCGCCAUUCUGAAGCCCAACGGCUAUGACUGGACCGAGCCCCUCAGCCCUGGCGAAGAUGAAUUUAAAUGCCCCAUUAAGGAGGAGAUCGCUCUGACCAGCGGUGAAUGGGAGGUUCUGGCCAGGCACGGCUCCAAGAUCUGGGUUAACGAGGAGACCAAGCUGGUGUACUUCCAAGGCACAAAGGACACGCCGCUGGAGCACCACCUCUACGUGGUCAGCUACGAGUCGGCCGGUGAGAUCGUGCGCCUCACCACACCUGGCUUCUCCCACAGCUGCUCCAUGAGCCAGAGCUUCGACAUGUUCAUCAGCCACUACAGCAGCGUGAGCACCCCGCCCUGUGUGCACGUCUACAAGCUGAGCGGCCCCGAUGAUGACCCCCUGCACAAGCAGCCCCGCUUCUGGGCCAGCAUGAUGGAGGCGGCCAGCUGCCCCCCGGACUACGUGCCUCCGGAAAUCUUCCACUUCCACACGCGGUCGGACGUGCGGCUCUAUGGCAUGAUCUACAAGCCGCACACCCUGCAGCCGGGGAAGAAGCACCCCACUGUGCUCUUUGUGUACGGGGGCCCCCAGGUGCAGCUGGUGAACAACUCCUUCAAGGGGACCAAGUACCUGCGCCUCAACACACUGGCCUCCCUGGGCUACGCCGUGGUGGUGAUCGACGGCCGGGGCUCGUGCCAGCGAGGGCUUCGCUUCGAAGGGGCCCUGAAAAACCAGAUGGGCCAGGUGGAGAUCGAGGACCAGGUGGAAGGCCUGCAGUUCGUGGCGCAGAAGUAUGGCUUUAUCGACCUGAGCCGGGUGGCCAUCCACGGCUGGUCCUACGGGGGCUUCCUCUCGCUCAUGGGGCUGAUCCACAAGCCCCAGGUGUUCAAGGUGGCCAUCGCGGGUGCCCCCGUCACGGUCUGGAUGGCCUAUGACACCGGGUACACGGAGCGCUACAUGGACGUCCCAGAAAACAACCAGCAUGGCUACGACGCGGGUUCCGUGGCCCUGCACGUGGAGAAGCUGCCCAACGAGCCCAACCGCCUGCUCAUCCUCCACGGCUUCCUGGAUGAAAACGUGCACUUUUUCCACACAAACUUCCUCGUGUCCCAGCUGAUCCGGGCGGGGAAACCUUACCAACUCCAGAUCUACCCCAACGAGAGGCACAGCAUCCGCUGCCCCGAGUCGGGCGAGCACUACGAGGUCACGCUGCUGCACUUCCUGCAAGAGCACCUCUGAGCCUGCGCCCGCCAGGAGCUGCGCACCAGAGCACAGGGCCACGGCCGGGGCGCCGCUCCCUCAGCCCACGUCCCUAGCCGAGGAGCUGCCGCCCGCCGCCCGGGAGCCUCGGUCCUUGUUCGGACUGCUCCUGUUUCUCUGCUUGCUGCUUCUUGGUUGCCAGGACAGACAUGGUGGCCUGUCUCCACGAGGCACUGCCUCAAGCUGUCCCCUCCCCGCCCUGCCUUCUGGGAGGAGAAGGCCACGUCCCCAUGGCCACUGGAGACGCCAGAAGAGACUCGCAGGCCCCGGCGGGGAGGCUCUUGCCCGUCCUGGGCCUCUACUCCGCUGGCUCUGGGCCCCUCUUCCCCGACCCAGCCAGCCACCGUCCCCAGCACAGGAGCAUGCGAAUGCCUGUCCUCCCCGCCGGCCACCCACUUCAUAUCUGUGUUGUGUUUGGGGGGCAUUUUAAAUAAUUAUUUAAAGACAGAAAGCAAGGGGUACCUGGAUUAGAAUCAGGUGUGCACUGGGCAGCAGGGCGCCGGCCAGGCGGGACGCCCCGAGCCCGCUGCCAGCCCAGGGCAGAGAGCAGCUGGGCAGCCCCAGCCGCCGGCCCAGCUUUCUGGUGGGCUCUGGGCAUCCGCAGCUGCCAGCCCCCCCCUUGUGCCUGGCCCCCAUGUGCUGGGGUCCUGGGUUGGGAGCAGACCUGGCCCCGCCUCAGGGUCACACUGUCCCUUCCUUUCCCUCCCUGCCAAGAGUUCGGGCAAAAAAAGGAAAAAGAAAAGAAGAAAGAAAAGGAAAACAAACCAACCACCUCUACAUAUUAUGGAAAGAAAAUAUUUUUGUCGAUUCUUAUUCUUUUAUAAUUAUGUGUGUGAGAAGUAGACUCAUUAAACAGUCCCUCACGGAA